GGCCUGGCUGGCUGGAUGGGCACCAUGAGGCUGCUGGUCCUCCUGAGCCUGAUGUGUUUCUCCCUGGCCACCCCCAUGGGCCCGAAGUGGCCUGAGCCCGUGUUUGGGCGCCUGGCAUCGCCUGGCUUCCCGGGUGUAUAUGCCAACGACCUGGAGCGGCGUUGGACCCUAACUGCUCCCCCCGGCUACCGCUUACGCCUCUACUUCACCCACUUCGACCUGGAGCUCUCCCACCUCUGCGAGUAUGACUUCGUCAAGCUGAGCUCGGGGACCAAGGUGCUGGCCACGCUGUGUGGGCGGGAGAGCACAGACACGGAGCGCGCACCUGGCAAUGACACCUUCUACUCGCUGGGCUCUCACCUGGACGUCACCUUCCGCUCUGACUACUCCAAUGAAAAGCCAUUCACAGGCUUCGAGGCCUUCUACACGGCAGAGGACAUUGAUGAGUGCCAGGUGUCCCCGGAGGAGGCACCUGCCUGUGACCACCACUGCCACAACCACUUGGGCGGCUUCUACUGCUCCUGCCGCUCAGGCUACGUCCUCCACAGGAACAAGCAUACGUGCUCAGCCCUGUGCUCAGGCCAGGUCUCCACUGAGCGGUCUGGGGAGCUCAGCAGCCCUGAAUUCCCACGGCCUUACCCCAAACUCUCCAGCUGUACCUACAGCAUCCGCCUGGAGGAGGGGUUCAGUGUCAUCCUGGACUUCGUGGAGUUCUUUGAUGUGGAGGCGCACCCUGAAACCCAGUGCCCCUAUGACUCCCUCAAGAUUCAAACAGGUAAAGAGGAAUAUGGUCCAUUCUGUGGAAAGACAUUGCCUCCCAGAAUUGAAACAAAGAGCAACACUGUGACCAUCAUCUUUGUCACCGAUGAGUCAGGGGACCACAAGGGCUGGAAGAUCCACUACACAAGCACAGCCCUGCCGUGCCCUAACCCGAUGGCGCCACCUAAUGGCCACAUCUCGCCCAUGCAAGCCAAAUACAUCCUGAAAGACAACUUCUCCAUCUUCUGUGAGACUGGCUAUGAGCUUCUGCAAGGUCAUUUGCCCCUGAAAUCAUUCACUGCAGUCUGCCAGAAAAAUGGAUCUUGGGACCAGCGGAUGCCCGAGUGCAGCAUUGUUGACUGUGGCCCUCCUGAUGAUCUGCCCUGUGGCCGAGUGGAGUACGUCACAGGUCCUGAAGUGACCACGUACAAAGCUGUGAUUCAGUACAGCUGUGAAGAGACAUUCUACAUGAUGAAGACGGGUGAUGGUAAAUAUGUGUGUGAGGCUGAUGGAUUCUGGACAAGCUCCAAAGGAGAAAAAUCGCUCCCAGUCUGUGAGCCGGUCUGUGGACUAUCGACUCGGACUACAGGAAGUCGUAUAUAUGGAGGGCAAAAUGCAAAGCUUGGUGAUUUUCCUUGGCAAGUCCUGUUAUCAGGUGGCACUACAGCAGCAGGCGCACUUUUAUAUGACAACUGGGUCCUAACAGCUGCUCAUGCUGUAUAUAAGCAAAAAGAUGAUGCAUCCUCCCUGGACAUUCGAAUGGGUGCCCUGAAGAGACUAUCACUUCAUUAUACACAAGCCUGGGCUGAGGCUGUUUUUAUACACGAAGGUUACACCCACAAUGCUGGUUUUGACAAUGACAUAGCACUGAUUAAAUUGAAGAACAAAGUUGUAAUCAAUAGCAACAUCAUGCCUAUUUGUCUGCCAAGAAAAGAAGCUGAAUCCUUUAUGAGGACAAAUGACAUUGGAACUGCAUCUGGAUGGGGAUUAACCCAAAGGGGUUUUCUUGCUAGAAACCUAAUGUUUGUUGACAUACCAGUAGUUGAUCAUCAGAAAUGUACUGCUGCAUAUGAAAAGCAGCCCUAUCCAGGAGCAAGGGUAACUGAUAACAUGCUCUGUGCUGGUUUAGAAAGUGGGGGCAAGGACAGCUGUAGAGGUGACAGUGGAGGUGCAUUAGUGUUUCUAGAUAAUGAGACACAGAGAUGGUUUGUGGGAGGAAUAGUGUCCUGGGGUUCCAUAAACUGUGGGGAAGCAGGGCAGUAUGGGGUCUACACAAAAGUCAGUAACUACAUUCCCUGGAUCAAGAACAUAAUGAACAAUUUUUAAUUUGCAUGUCAUCAACCAGUAAGUGAUUCCUUAUUUUUAGAAGUACUUGUGAAAGACCUUAGCAGCAAUGUGACCCUGAGAUGCAUCAACAUGGUAGUUGUUUCUCCACACAAAAAACAAAACCAAACUCCACAUAAACCUGCUGUUGCCUUUCCACUUGCUAGCGUAACUCCAUCCUCCAUCAGUUCAAACCAUCAGAGUGGCACUCAUCUUUGCCAGCCCAAUUUAAGCUCACUGUUAAAUUGCUUUUUUAAAAGACCAGUACCUUUCUUUAUAUACUGACUGUAUUUCUAUAAAUUGCCUGUUCAGACUUGUUCUGUUUCUGAAUUUUUUUUUA